ACACGUUUGCAAAAUCAGGGCCGGUCCUUGCGGUUCUGCCGUCUAGGGUGAUUCCACACCCUAGACGCCUAUGAUUGGUUCAGAUUUGGUCUGGAUCGGACCAAAAACCAAUGUCCGUGGAUGUGGAAAUCAAUGCCGGUCUGGAACUGCACCAAAAAAAGAUGUCCAAGAGGCUUCGGCAUCGAGAGCCACUGAAACAGCACAGGGACCACAGAACCACUGGUGUGCAUUUGGACUUGAUACAACAACAGAAGGAGGCAUCCACAGACAGAAAGGCGGAGGGAUGCAGCCAGUGUCUGAAAUGGAGGUUGCCGCGCCAGAGGGGGAUGUCACAGGGGGGUUGUCCCGAGCCGACUGCCUCUGCCCUGUAUGCCUGGAGAUCUUCCUGGAGCCGGUAACAUUGCCGUGCGGCCACACCUUCUGCAAGCCCUGCUUCCUGGAGACGGUGGACAAGUCCAACCUGUGCUGCCCGCUGUGUCGCAAGCGGGUGUCCACGUGGGCACGGCUCAACGGCCGGAACAAGACGCUAGUCAACGAUGAGCUGUGGCGGCGGGUGCAGGUGGAGUUCCCCAUGCAGUGCCAACGCAGGCUCAGUGGACAGGAGGAGGUUGAAAACAUAUCUGUCCCCGGACCCAAAGUCAGUCUGCCUGGAGAGGUACGGAGAGAGUACGAGGAUCAAAUCAGCAAGCUAUUAGAGGAGAAGCGUGCCCUGGAGGAGGCAGAGAAGAAAGCAAGUGAGGAGUACAUCCAGUGCCUCCUCGCAGAAGAGAGCCUGGCGGAGGAGAGAAAGAGGCACGAGGAGAAGCAGCUGGAGAAUGACGAGAAGCUGGCCAGACUGCUCAGCCAGGAGCUGAAUCCAAGACCUAUCUCUGAGUCACAGAAGAACACGUGGACGAAUGACAUCACCCCAGCAAAGAAGAAACAGAACGCCAACGCUGGAGAUAUAGAGAAAUUCUUAUCCCCUAUUCCACGAAGACACGGCAGCAACUCCGAGACUAGUCCCACCUCCAGCUUCAUGGCUAACAAGGAGAACAUCUUGCACUCGGAGAGGGAGCCUUGGUCUUCCAAAGACUUCUACCCGGAGAGCUGCCAGACGCCGUGUCAGGCCUCAACGUCAUCAGAGGGUAUGGCGUACCAUCUGACCGACCCCUCGGGAACUUCCCUGGCACGCACACCCCUCCACGGCACCCCGAGGAGAGGAGUGACCUCGGCCAAGAGGAAGAGCAGUGACAUUGAGGAGCCAAACAAAGGGGAAGUAGACGUUGUCAGUAAGCGGCUCUGUCCUUCCUCCUCAUCAUCCUUCCUCUAUCUGCAGCGUGGAGAGGUGGUCCUAGUAGGCCUAGGGGAGAAGGCCCCGCUGCUCCAGGAGCUGGCCCAGAGAGAAGAGAUGCUGUUCAGCCGCUUGCAACAGGAGCAGGAGGACCGGCAGCUGGCUUUCCAGCUGCAGAGGCAGCUGAACCGUGAGGAGGCCGUCCUCGCAGUAGACCGCAGCAAGGGCUCCAGUGACCAGUACCAGCUCCGCCAGAAACCUGCCUCCAGUUCUGGCUCCAGGUCAGAGGGGAGUGGUCAUAGCAGGGGGCGCUCACGCUCCUCCACCUCCAAAGAGGACAGGAACACAGUGGAAAGGAGGCGGUUGUCUGGGCCCUCAUCUACCACCAAUCAGGGGGAAAUUAGCUCCACCAUCUCCAGCGCUGCUGCCACACCUUCCAACCCACUGGAGAGGGGGCAGUAAGCAGGCCACCCUCACAGAGAUGUUCCCCAGCCUGGGCAACUGAAUCCUGGGUGUUUGGAGCAUCGACAGUGGCACCGCUCAUCACCAUCACCUCUUGUUAACUGGUCUCGCCUUAUCGCCUACGAGGGCUCAGGUGGUCAGGAUUAGAAUGAAGGAGUUUUGUCUGUGACGUUAUGAACUUAUACCUUAGAAAGAAGAGUGUAGAUAGUGCUUGGACAUUGACGGUCUGGGAUUUCACUGUGGUUUGAAUGCGUUUCAAGGUCUUUGAUGGUUUGAGGGCUCACUGGAAAUGGCAGAGACUGGCUCGAUCGACAGAUUGUUUUGAUAGUAGGUUCAUUUUACUCAGAUUCUCUAGAGAUUCAUGUAAAUGAUUACUUUGGAAUGAAAUAAAACAUUUUUGAAA